UUGUUUUCCGUAGGUUGCGGAGGGGCUUGCGGGUGCCGAGAGCGUGAGAGGGCGACGACGGCAACAGCAGCAAUAAUAGAGGCGGCAUGUCCGGGGGCUGGGGCCGAGAUAUGAUGGACUAUGGCGGCGGUGGCGGGGCCGGGAUGUCCGGGGGCGGGGGCGGCGGGGGCGACGGCCGCAUCUAUGUGGGCAACUUGCCGGCGGACGUGCGCGAGAAAGACUUGGAGGAGCUUUUCUACAAGUACGGCCGCAUCCGGGACAUCGAGCUGAAGACCAAGCGCGGCCUGGUGCCCUUCGCCUUCGUGCGCUUCGAGGAUCCGCGAGACGCAGAAGAUGCAAUAUAUGGGAGGAAUGGUUAUGAUUAUGGCCAGUGUCGUCUACGUGUUGAGUUUCCUAGACCUUCCAGAGGUCGGGGUGGAGGCUUUGGUGGGGGGCCUCGUGGGAGGAAUGGCCCUCCUUUGCGACGUUCUGAAUUUCGAGUCCUGGUUUCAGGGCUUCCUCCAUCAGGCAGCUGGCAGGACCUGAAGGAUCACAUGCGUGAGGCUGGUGAUGUAUGUUAUGCAGAUGUACAGAAAGAUGGAAUGGGGGUGGUUGAGUUUCUUCGCAAGGAAGACAUGGAAUACGCACUGCGUAAACUGGAUGACACCAAAUUCCGGUCUCAUGAGGGUGAAACAUCCUAUAUCAGAGUCUGUCCUGAAAGAAGCAUCAGCUAUGGCUACUCGCGCUCCCGUUCUGGUUCAAGGGGUCGCGAUUCUCCAUACCAAAGCAGGGGAUCACCACGCUACUCCUCUCCGUUCAGGCCAUUCUGAUUCACCCAACAGGAACUUCUAAAAUGUGAACUGAGCUCAUGAUUUCUGCUCAGAGUUUACAUUCCAAAAUGGAUGGAUAUAGUCUUUCGUAGGAAGCCUUUUUUUUCCUUUCUAUUCAACGAUCUUUUUUUAUGAAUUACAGUUUUUACUAGGGAAGUGUUGGUAAUGAAAUGCUAUAAACCGUUGCCACUUAAGACUUUUUGUUUGGAAAAUGUAAAUUGUUUUGUUUCUCCUCCUAAGUGAGAAAAAAUGAGCUUGAGAUUCAGCUUGUAUUGGUGUGUCCGCAGGAUGGUGGUGUAAAGCAGUGAAGCAACCUGUAUGGCUCGACCUGUUGUGAUGUUUUGAAAUAUACUUAUAUGUUUCUGUAACUUAAAA